AACAAUAUGUUGACAACAAAAAUAUUUUUUAGAAAAACUAAAGGAGGAAAUGUGUUUAAGACGGUUAGAGAACAUUAUCUCAGAGAUGAUAUUCACUGUGGAUUUAAAGCCUGUAAAAAGUGCAUUUAUAAAACCAGAAACAUAGUUUUAGAUGACGAUAAUUCCAACAUAAAUUGUUCUAAAAUAAUGCAACCUUACUACCUAUUAAUUGAUACUAACAUUAUUUUAGAUCAGAUUGAUAUUUUGGAAGAAGAUGUUAUUCGUAAUGCUAUAAUUGUACAAACUGUGUUAGAAGAAGUAAAACAUAAAAGUUCUAAUGUAUAUAAAAGAUUAAAGACUAUCAUCAGUAAUACGCAAAGGAAAUUUUAUAUAUUUGUCAAUGAGCAUCAUAAAGACACUUAUGUAGAACGUAAUCCUGGUGAAAGCACAAAUGAUAGAAAUGAUAGAGCAAUUAGGGUUGCAACAAAGUGGUAUAAUGCACAUCUAGAUAUAGAUGGUAAUAAAAUCAAAACUAUAUUAUUAACAGAUGAUGCACGGAAUAGAGAGUUAGCAGAAAAAGAAGGAAUUCCAACUAUUACAAUGGAAGAUUAUAUAUUAUCGCUAGAAAACUCAGGUUUUUUAGUUGAUAAAUUAUGCAAAAAAAGUUAUGGAAUCAUAUCUGAUGGUCCAGAACUUUUUCCAUGUCAUUUUACACCAUCUGAGAUACAUGAUGGUAUAAAAAAUAGAAAACUUCUACAGGGAACAUUUACAGCUUCAAGAGAAAACUUUCUUGAAGGAUUUGUGAAUGUGGAUGGAGUUGAAAAAACUAUUUUCAUCCAAGGACGUAGUAACCUUAAUAGAGCUGUUGAUGGUGAUGUAGUUGCAUUAGAACUCUUACCAGAGGAUCAGUGGUCAUCUCCUAGUGAUAUUGUUUUGCAAGAUGAAGAAGAGAUAGGUGUUGAUGAUAUUUUAGAAAAAAAGACAGUGUUGGAUAAAUCUGUUUCAUCAAACAAAAUGGAAAGGACAUCUACUGGUAAAAUUGUUGGUAUUAUUAGAAGAAAUUGGAGACAAUAUUGUGGAAUAUUACAGCCUAGCAAUAUAGAAGGGAACGUACGACAUUUAUUUGUGCCGGCCGAACGAAAAAUACCUAAAAUAAGAAUCGAAACUAGGCAAUAUACAGUGUUAAGCAAACAGAGAAUUAUUGUAGCCAUUGAUUCAUGGCCUCGCAAUUCUAGAUAUCCUCUUGGUCAUUUUGUACGUGCAUUAGGUGAAAUAGGAGAUAAAACUACGGAAAAUGAAGUAAUUUUAUUAGAGCAUGAUAUUCCUCAUAGUCGAUUUUCUAACGAUGUUCUUAGUUCAUUGCCAAAAAUUCCAUGGCGAAUUCCGGAAGCUGAAUUAGUACAAAGAGAAGAUUUGAGAAAUUUAGAUAUAUGUUCAGUGGAUCCACCAGGAUGCACAGACAUCGAUGAUGCGCUUCAUUGUAGAGAUCUACCAAAUGGUAAUCUAGAAGUAGGUGUACAUAUUGCAGAUGUAACAUAUUUUAUGAAACCUGGAACAGCAUUAGAUAAGGAAGCAGCAUUGCGAACUAGAACUAUAUACUUGGUUGAUACGAGAAUUCACAUGCUUCCUGAUAUAUUAAGUGGAAAUCUUUGCUCUUUACGAGAAAAGCAGGAUAGAUUAACAUUUUCUUGUAUAUGGGAAAUGGAUAGAGACGCAAAUGUAAUUAAUGUUAAAUAUUGUAAGUCUGUAAUUUGUUCACGAGCAGAAUUGACUUAUGAAGAAGCUCAACUAAAGAUUGACGAUGUUACUCAGCAAGAUUCACUUGCAAAAUCGUUAAGGAUACUUAACAACUUAGCUAAAAAAUUGAAAGCAAAACGUCUAGAAAAUGGGGCAUUAGUAUUAGCAUCUCCAGAAAUUCGUUUUCAAGUUGAUUGCGAAACAUGCGAUCCUAUCGAAGUAGAAGUGAAAAAAUUGCGAGAUACUAAUUCGAUGGUGGAAGAAUUUAUGUUGCUUGCAAAUAUUUCGGUUGCUAAAAAAAUUGUAGAAGAAUUCCCAGAGUUUGCUGUAUUAAGGAGGCAUCCUGAACCACCAUCUGCUAAUUUUGAGCCUCUCAUAAAAGCUGGAAAGAAUCAGGGUUUCAUUAUAAAUGUUAAUAGCGGUAAAGAAUUAGCAGAAUCAUUGGAUAAAUGUCAUAAAGAAAGUAAUCCUUAUUUUAACACUAUGUUAAGAAUACUUGCUACACGUUGUAUGAUGCAAGCUGUAUAUUUUGUUAGUGGAAUGCAUCAACCAUGUGACUACUAUCAUUAUGGUUUAGCAUGUCCUAUUUAUACUCACUUUACAUCACCUAUUCGUAGAUAUGCAGAUGUGUUGGUUCAUCGUUUAUUGGCAGUUUGUAUUGGAAGUGAUACAACAUAUCCCGAUUUGUUAGACAAAAAGAAAAUUCACGCGCUUUGUAAUUAUAUGAAUUAUCGUAAUAAAAUGGCUCAAUAUGCUCAUCGUGCAUCUGUUGCUCUAUAUACACACAUAUUCUUUAGAGAAAAAUUUGAAGACGAAGAAGGAUAUAUACUUUUUGUACGAAAAAAUGCGCUGCAAAUAUUGAUUCCAAAAUAUGGUUUGGAGGGAACAUUGUAUUUAAACACAAACAAAGAAUCAUCUGUUACAUUUAUAUAUAAUAGCGAAAAUCAUUCACAAACUUGUGGAAACGUGGUAUUUCGCACUUUUGAUCCCGUCAUAGUGCAAAUAAGUUUAGACAGAGUCAAUGUGCAGCAUGAAAAAUUGAUAUUUAAAUUGGUUAAUCCAUUUAUUUCAGGUUUCAGUGUAACUCCAGUAAGUGCAAAAUCUUCUAACAUUAUGUUAGAAGAAAAUGCGAAAGAAGCGGUAAAACGAAAGAUAGAAACAAAGAAAGUAUCAGACGAUAAUACUAAAAGUAAAGCACACAAAAAAAAGCAAAAAAAAAGGAAACAUUAG